AUGCCCCCUGUUCCAAGACCUAAUGUGGCCUUUGCUUCUCGUCCAUUAGAGAAAGCUGGAACAUUUUCCGAUUUCUUUUCAAGCAACCAGAGUAGUGAAGCGGCUUCAUUGGACGCAGGGUCAGAAACAAGGCUUGUUUCCCUAGACUUUUCUUCUGCCUUUGAGGUAAUCAACCAUAAGGCUCUCCUUUUUAAACUCAAGUCUGUAGCAAUCAAUGGUCCAUUUUAUAUUUUAUCUGACUUCUUAUUAGAAAGGCAGCAACGUGUUGCUAUUGAUGGAGAGGAGGCCGCCUUCUGCAGCGCUUCAGCUCCUGACGGCGUAGAGCAGGAGGCUGGUUCGCGAGUGCAGGGCUUCCCACGGCGAAUGCAGUUUUCCUGCAAGGAGGUCUUCGAGAUAUUGACAACUUACGGACGUGAAUCUUCACCAGGGAUGGUGAAGAAAGCGUGCCCGGUGGCCCCGCAGCGCCUCACGAACUUCUCUCUGAAGAAGGAAGUGGUGGACACCCUCCAGAUUCAGACGAAGGAGGCCGGCGUGUGCUCGGGCAGUGUGUGUGGCGGGUCGCUCAUGAAUAUCCGGCGGAUGAGCCUGGCGCCGCGGUCCCCGGCCCUCGUCCUUGCCCACGCCAAGAGCUUCCUUGACCAGUACUACCAGGAUAUCCAAGGGUACGACAGCGCAGAACACAAAGCCCGGUGGCAAGAGGUCUCGCGCAGUGUCGCCAGACGCGGCACGUACGACCUGACCUUCGACGAGCUGGUCUUCGGCGCCAAGCUGGCCUGGAGGAACGCCCCGCGAUGCAUCGGCCGCAUGCAGUGGAAGAGGCUGCAGGUGUUCGAUGCCCGCCACAUCAUGACGGCGAAGGAAAUGUUUGAAGCGAUCUGCACGCACAUCGAAUACGCGACCGACGGGGGCAAUCUCAGGUCGACGCUGACGGUGUUCCCUCAGCGCCUGUCCGGCCGCCGCGACUUCCGCGUGUGGAAUCCGCAGCUGAUCGCCUACGCCGGCUACCGUAACGACGACGGCAGCGUGACGGGCGACCCCGCGUGGGCCGAGUUCACGCAGGUGUGCCAGGAGCUGGGCUGGCAGGGCGGAGGCGGGCGGUUCGACAUUCUCCCGCUGGUCGUGUCGACGCCCACCGAAGAGCCUCAGUGGUUCGACAUCCCCGACGACCUCGUCCUGCGGGUCGCCCUGGAACACCCCAAAUACGACUGGUUCCGAGAGCUGGGGCUGGAGUGGUUCGCGCUGCCGGCCGUGUCGGGCAUGAUGCUGGACUGCGGCGGCGUCGAGUUCACCGCCGCGCCCUUCAACGGGUGGUACCUGUCGUCCGAGAUCGCCAGCAGGGACCUCUGCGACGCCCAGCGCUACAACAUCAUCAAGGAGGUGGGCGACAAACUCGGGCUGGACACGCGCACUCCCGUCACGCUGUGGAAGGACCAGGCUGCGCUCGAGGUCAACAUUGCUGUGUUGCAUUCGUACCAGCAAGCGAAGGUGACGCUGGUCGACCACCACACCGUGUCUGAGUCCUUCAUGCAGUUCUUCGCCAACGAGCACCGGGAGCGAGGCGGAUGCCCUGCCGACUGGGUGUGGAUCGUGCCGCCCAUUUCGGGCUCCCUCACGCCCGUCUUCCACCAGGAGAUGUCUCUAUACUACUUGAAGCCCGCCUACGAGUACCAGGAGCUGGCCUGGGUGGCCUUCGCCAAGCAAAACCGGAUGCUGAGCGGUGAAGACGGAGGCCUCGGCGGGGACAAGCAGCGGCUGUCCUUCAGGAUGGUCGCAUUGGCAGCGUGGUUCAGCAGCGUCCUGUAUACGCGGGCGCUGAGCAGGAGAGUCCGCGCGACCAUCCUCUACGCUACGGAAACAGGGAAGUCACAGGCGUUUGCGCACGAACUCGCAGAUGUGUUCAGGAGUAACUUCAGCGUUCAGGUAAGCUGCAUGAAGGAGUACGAGGCGAGCGCCCUCAAGGACGAGCGCUUCCUGCUGGUGGUGGCCCCGACGGCGGGGAACGGCGACCCUCCGCUCCGGCUCAUUGGGCUUCCUAACUUUUAA